AUGAAUGUUACCUCUUACGACACGACUCGCGCUCGAGCCAACGAAGAUGGCGGCCGGGCCAGUCGAGUUGGCGUACGCCCGCCAGGGGCCAAUGACAGCAACCAACACGACUACCACGGGACGAAACAACGCACCAGCCAGGGCUUCUCCUCCUCCAACCGGCAAGAAUGCAAGGACAAGGACUGCAGGAAGCCCGUCGCCUGGCGCAACGUCGACAGCAUUGGCGGCAUCGCCCCCGACAUCAGCGGCCACAACGCCAGCAGCCACAACAGCAGCAACAUGGGUUCUACCAUCGUCCCGUUACACGCCAACCAAGAGGCGCGGGAGGUCCAGAUGAAGCUGUACGACAUUUUGUCGGCGACGGGCUUACCACAGGCCGACCUUCCCGUCCUCGGCAACAGGCCACUCGCGUUUGCAACGCUUCAGCCCGGCCCGGCCUCGUCUUCCACGCCGCAGCAGUCGCCGCUGCAGGGCAGUGUUGCUUGGAUGUGUGCACAGUUCAACGCAGAGCGCGAUCGUCGGGAGUGGUACUACCGCCAGCGCAGGUCGCACCUGCCUCGCAUUGUUUCCGACUUUUGCGAAGACCGUUCGUUCUUGCCUUUUCUUUUGUUUGCGCUGGGUCGCCCCUUCUUCAACCAUCCGUCGUUCGUGCUGACACCGCAGACACCUGUCGCUACUUCUUUACAACGGAGUUUUGCUCCACCAAGAAGCCAAGGCACGACGCCAUGUGCAAUACACGUCUGUUUUGUCCUUUCGCAGUCUCUUCUGUUCUCCACAUACCACAAACCACAACGCCACCACUCUGCUAACCGUCUCUCUAGAUGCCUUCUGUCCGGCGUUUCGCUGUCACGAAGUCAAAGGACAGGUCGCCGACCUGUCGCAUUCCGAGGGGAACGUCAGCAAGUUCCUGCGGCACGAGUUCUGCCCAAAGCGUGUGUUUGGUCCUUUUGGCUCUCCCGUCUGUUUAUCUGCGUCUGUGCUCUGUGCUUUCUUUUUCUGACCAUCAUAUCAGACAAAUGCGAAGUCGACAAAUGCGAGCUUCUCUGUGACGAGACCAAGCCCAACACUCUCGGAAAAUUCUGCCCAAGGCACAAAUGCUACUACACAGGUUGCGUGAAGCAGGCCCUGGAUGGUCGUGGAUACUGUGGUGAACAUGGAUGUCGGUCGACCAAUUGCCAAAAGAUCGCCGUCGUCGGCUACAUGCUCUGCAAAAAACACCUCGAAUGCGCUGAACGUUCCUGCGUGCGUCCUCGCUUUCUCGUGCCCACAGACCGCGUCCUCGACCCCAAGGAUGUUGCCGAGUGCUCGAUUGAGCGCUACGACCGCGACCACUACCUGACAUACUACCUGGCCUACUGCAAAGAUCACGGCAUCUGCGCCGACAAAUCGUGCUCAAGCUUCCGCAUCAGCUCCAGUGUGCACUGCCGCAAGCAUGCCUGUCUUGAGCAUGGCUGCCGCAAACCCUGUCGCACUGGCCUCAAAUACUGUGAAGCUCACCUCUGUCGAGAAAUCAAUUGCUCGGAACCUGUGCCUGACUUGCACCUAUACUGUGGAUUUCACGAAUGCGAAAUCGAGACGUGUGUUGCCAAGGUCGCCGAAGAUGGCGGCUGCAUUCAGCACUUCAAAGACAAGCACAAAAGGCAAACCAAGGCGGCCGUUCGGCGGGACACCGAAGACACAAAGAUCGCCGUCCAGCGUGAGACCCAACAGUGGGCCAGCACGUUUGGUGUGUCUGUUGGUGUCGGAUCCGGUGCUGGGAACCUCUACGCUGACCAGCCGACCCGUCGCCCGCUACGAUAUUUUCCCACAUCCAACUUUUCCAUGAGCAACCGGUCUGCCGGAUCGCGCCUAGGCGGGUCGCCGCCGCACCGAUGGCACGGCGACCAUGACUUUGAUGAUGGUUGGGGGGAUGAGCAAGAUUAUGAUGGAGACCGUUUUCGCCCCGAAGGCCGUCGCCGCCUUAACGAAGGCUCCAAAGGCAACUUCCGCAUGCACACACCCUCGUCCUCGGAUGCCGGGCGCUCUCGGUACCACGACAACAACGACCUUGACGACAAUAGCCCCAGCAGCCAAGGGAUGCCAAAGCAGUUGCCACCUACAAUGACAUCAGCCACAGCAACCGUCGAUGCCCGGGAUCGUCAGAUCAACGCCACAGAAUCAAAAUGCGGCCAGGCCACCCACCGGGACUAG